AGACAGUUUUCAUUUUGCCUGUGCAUCGGAAACACCUUUCCUUGAAGGAAUUUAUUACCGCAAAGUUCAGUGUUCAACUGAUAGUCAAAGUAAAUUUUGAAGUUCAACCUUAGUAAUUGUUGAAAGUUCGCGAAGAGCGUUAUAAUCGCAAAACGGUUGAAAGUGAUUAAAAAAAGCCCACCACUAGCAGUGUAAAGAAAAUCGUUUGACGUCAUCAGUUCUUGAUCGCUACACUCAUACGAUCCAAUUAAUGUCAGUCAGAGGCAGAACGGAAAGUUUAACAUCAAAAGAAUUUCAAAUUAUAAUCAUCAAGCCUCUUUGUUUAUAUACAAUCGGAUUUUAAUGAAUCCAAUCAGACGCAUCCCUUAGUGCUAAGCUUGCGGUGUUCUACGGUCGCUCCGCUUCCAGAGGUCAUAAUUGCGCCGAUAAGCCAACCGAGCAGUCGCAGAAAAGAAUCUCAAAUCACCACCAGUGGUGCAAAGGAGUCCAGUAUUACAUACGUGUACGCCACAUUCGGCCAUAUGUUGAGCUACAGCCAAAAAGUGAACCUAUCGGAAUUAAUGCUGCUGAAUGUGCUCAUAAAACAUCUUAUAAACUCUAACGUUACAUAACGUCAACUUCAAGUGAUAAAUCAUAAAGUCCAUCAAUCACUUUGUCUAAAGUUGGCGAAUUAUCACUGAAGCGCCAAUCUAGUGCGACGCUACUGAAAAGCAAGUCGAUCAUAUCUCGAUCCAACAGGAAGUGAUUGCAUACGAAAGGAAACAAUCUUCGUUGAACAGUUGAUUGAUUGAUCAAGCGAAGCGUCUUCGAUUAUUGCUGGUUUUGAGAAUUGAACCUUCGGCAGAUUUUCGAGUCUAUACCACAACGUACAUUCGAAUCGGAAUGAUGAAUCUCAAAAUUCUCUUUCUGCUGGCAAUGCUGGCGAUGCUAGCGCCGCCGAUCAGCGGUCGAGCAGUGGAUCUCGACCAGGACAACUCACUCUCCGCGUCCUCUUCCGGGUCGCGAACAACCAGACCUAAUUUUGUGAAAAUCACCUCUCAACCACCAGCACAACUAACCCAGAUCCGAGGCACCACCAUCGAGCUAGAAUGUGAAGUGAUGGGCUCACCGACGCCCUACGUACAAUGGGUGCAUGGUAGUGGUCAGACGGCAGAUUGGGAUGACGUGAGCAUGAACAUCAUCAGUGAAAGCAGUCCAACGACCAUGGCACGUGUGGUAUCGCGAUUAGUGUUGGACCAUUCGUCACGUGCCGCAGAAAGUACAUACACUUGCAUUGGUCGAUCUGGAGGUCAAAUAGCCAUCGCAUCCACCACCAUCUACCACGUCGAUGCUCCGCGCUCUAAUUUUACCGAUUUGCUGAAGUCUGGCCAUCACAUGUUCAUGCAUCUCAAGUCUGCACGCGUUACGCUUCACUAUCGGGCACUCUUCGAGUACAUGGGUUCGACAGUGAUCCUGCCGUGUAAAGCCGUUGGUCGUCCCGUGCCAGAGAUCACCUGGAAAAAUGAGGAAGGCAACGUCAUUAGCAGCAUGCAGGACCCACGAUUCCGUACCCUGCCGACUGGAGAGUUGAUCAUCAACGACCUGCGGUGGGCCGACAUGGGAUCGUACACAUGUGUUGCCAAAAAUGCCAUCUCCAAGGACGAAGCGGAAACCUUUUUGUAUCCCAUUCGACCAAACUAAUUCGCACAACGACACUCGACACGGACCACAUAACCAUUUAGGAUCAUGAACAAAGGAGGAUCGGCGAACGGUAAUCCACGGAUAGUUACUAUUUUCAACAGUCAGUAAUGAACACUUAUGCCAUUUACUUAACUUAUUAAUCAGCACGUAGGAACAAAAUCCAUAAAAAUAAUUUAUUUAAAUAUCCUUUUAAAAGUAUUUCAAUAUUUUAUCAGAUAAGUUAUUGUCUUGAAUAUUAGCGAAUAAGUUUUCUAAAAAAUACCAACGUAAAGAAUUGUAGAAUCUUGUCACCAUACUGUUAAAUGUAAAUAGAAUUCGAAGAAACGAAUUCAAGAUUGUUUGUAAAAUGUUUCGGCAUGACUCCGACACUAUUUGUCAAAGUACACCAUGCAUAGGAAGAUUAGGUACUUUGAAAAAAUAAACUGAUUUGAAGGAUGUGUGAAGAAGA